AUGAUGAGAUUUUUUCCAAGAACAUUGGCGCACUGGAUGAGGUCUAGUGAAGAGCUGACGUCGUCCAAUCGACUUUGGCAUCAUGGGAUCUGCUGUUGGCAGCAUAACGUUCUUGGCUGCAAUAGAAGCCUCACCAAAAAGUUUGUAACCAAAGGUAAUAUCAAUCCAAUGGUGAAUCUGCCGAGAAACACGAUCACUCUCUAAAGCAGCACGAUGCAACAAGAUAAAAUCCUCAGGAGACUUGGCCCAGGAAGGCACACGAAGAUCACUCAUUCCAGGAUGAAUAGAAUAAAAGAUACGAGGGUCACAGUAAAACUCAGGAAUGCACUCAUCAGGAGUCCAUUGGUAAAGCCUCUGCAUAUUAGAAGGAUAUUCAUUCGGCUCAUAAACAGAACGGACAGCAGAACGAAGUAUGCUCAAAGGCAGCCUUCUUGCUUUGUAACUGCAGACAGCUAGUUCUGAGAGACACUCGUCAGAGACAUGAUGGGGAACCUCAGAGGUUGAAUAAGUGAAAUCUAGCUGCUCAUCUCCUUUUGCUAGGCGCCACUUGCUCUUCUGGAGAUCUCUCCAACCAACAUCAGAAUCUUCAUCAGGUUUCACACUGAAAUCUAUGACCCAGGGCAUCACUGUAUGGAAUGUGUGAUCUCCACAACUUCUGCCCGCUAAUUUAUUUAAAAUAAGAAGGUAUUCAUAGUUGCUCAAUUCCCCCAUCCACCAUCGCUUGAAAUCGCAUCCCCAGUCAAUAGGACUUGAUAGCUUUAAAUCUGCAUAUAUAGCUUGGCAAGGACAGUUUUUCAUGCAAAAGCAUACUCUGGAAGGAAUAGAGUCCUCCUUCGAGCCCAAGGUACAGUCUUUUCCAUCACAUAAAUUCAACCAAGACCAGAGUGAAUCAGUCAGCAUAAUGCUGGAAGGGCAUAUAUUGCCAUGAGCGAAUCCUAAGCUAUGGAUGUAACUCAGUGCAGAGAGUAGUUGGUAAAUUAAGAAUCUGAUAUGCCAGUCAGACUGCAAAGCUCUAGGGCUGUAAUUUAAAACGGUCUCCAAGGUAUAUGGAGCUUUGGGUUGUAACAAAUAUGCACAGCUAGAUGUUCUUAACAUACCCAAGACAGGAGCAACAUUAGGAUGCCUAACACCACGAGGAACAUCUUUUUCCAUAAAAAAAGGUAAUCCAAUUGAACUGAAGAAAUCAACAUCGUAGGACCCAGAGGUUUCUCUUUCAAGGAGAAGAUUAAUAGAUGACAUUACAUGGUCUUCAGUAGAACCAGAUAAAUAAUUGCUAACAAGCUCCUGCAGAGUAGAGUACGAACCACUGCCAACAUGAACACCUGGUGACAAAGCAGUGAUCAGCCGUUGGAGAGAGCUAA